GGCAACAUUGUCCUCAACAGGCUGCACCUGGCACUUGGCUACAAACAUCGUUAUGCAGGAUUCAUUAAAAUUUUGACAUCUACAGCUAGCUGCCGAGCAAGUGAAUCUCUGCUGCACGCGCUUCUUUGUCUCGCCAGGCUGUCUCUCUAUGAUGAUGGAGUCUCCUGGCUGCUGGUUUGCCUCUCUCACCCUGCGCACGCUUUCUCUGCUUAUACUAACACGCUCUACACGCUCAUCAGCAAGCCAAGCAUACGCUCCUUGGUCUUGUCAAGCAAGUCUCCCUGCGCUUGUGCACACUCUUGUCUGUUGGUAUGCCUUCUCUCGCUUUGCACAAGCUUUCUUUGCUUAUACCGGCACACGAUGUACCGUCAGCUCACCCUCACUGCACGUUCUUGCAGCAACUACUUCUCUCCCUCGUUACUGAGGCAGUCUUCUGUGCUGGCAACUGCUCCUUGUCGGCUUUCCUCUCAACUCAAUCUCGGCCUUGACGCCAACCUCAACCUCUAGCUUUGACUAAACUCUCGCUCUUGCGCUGCCUGAAUCAGUCGCAUUUGGUGUCUCCCACUCACAAUCAGCUGGAUGUUCAUUGCUUCCACCAAUCUCUCUUUGCGUCAGCACGACCACCCCCAUGGCAUCACAAGCACUUCAGGGAUUAUUGGCUCACUGGAGACGAUAUCUUAUGCUCCGAUUCCCUGUAUACUGCCAAGCUACUGUCGAUGCUAAUCGCAUGAUAGCAAAGUGAAAGAACCCACUGUGGUAGCUAUCUUAGUGGUCCCACACGUUCUCACUCUUUUCACGCGCAUUGCCUGAUGUUUGAGCUGAUGCGCGUUCAUAGGAUUGGCCGAUUUCCGCUCCUUCCCACGUUUCCGG